AUGGCCCUCGACGGAGUGGCGCCGAAAAAGCUCAGCCUCAACCUCCAGCCGCCCGCACCGUUCGACUUUGUGCACCCGGGAACCUGGCCAGCAUGGCUCAGCCGCUACGAGGACUACGCCGUCGUUUCCGGCCUGACUCAAGCAUCCGGCGACAUGCAGAGCACUCCCGCGAGCUACACCUCGACGCCGUACGAGAUAAGAAGUUCGCCUCUCGCCGCCACAACUACGAUAAGCGGCCUUCGCCCCCGCGGAAAGCAGAGCGCUCCUGCCAGCUGUCAACAUGUGAAUUCUGCGGCCGCGCGCCACAUCCACGUUCUAACUGCCCUGCUCGAAACUCCGUGUGCAACUUCUGCAAAAAGAAAGGACACUGCGGAAGUGUGCCGCGUGCGGCAGGCAAAACAGAAGCUCGGCUCCAUUCAGCUACACGCUGUCGGGACGCCCGCCGCGGCAAAGUUCGUCGACAUCACCGUUGACAACUACACAGCGCAGUUCAAGGUCGAUUCCGGAGCCGAGGUGUCCGCCGUUCCGAGCGACUUCCCUGCAUUGCCGGCCAAGCUCGACCCCGUCAACAGCCUGCUCACCGGACCUGGCGGUCAGCCGCCGCGCGUGCUGGGUUCGUACAUGGCGAGACUUCCGUGGCACGGGAAAAUGAGCUCUCAGCGCUUGUACGUGAUCCAGUCUCUCACCGUACCUCUUCUUGGACUGCCGGCGCUUCAAGCUCUGGAAGUUGUAAAGUUUCUCGACGAACUUCAGACUACGAAAGCAACAUUGCGUGCUGAGCUCUUCCAGGAAUUGGGCACCCUCAAGGACGAGUACACUACCCUUCUGAGACCUGACGCCGUACCCUUCUCCCUAAGUGUGCCUCGCAGGAUUCCCAUCCCGCUACGCGAGGUCGUCCGUCACGAGCUUGACAAACUGGAGGAAGGAGGCGUGAUCCGCAGGGUCGACAACCCAACCCCGUGGUGCUCUGGUCUCGUUGUAGUACGAAAAGCCGAUGGUUCCUACCGGCUGUGCGUUGACUUGACUCAGCUGAACAAGGUUGUCCUUCGGGAACGCCACAUCCUACCAACUGUAGAGCAAGUCCUUGACCUCCUUGGCCUCCUUGGCGACGCAAGUUUUCUCCAAGCUGGAUGCAACAGCCAGUUUUCAUCAGGUUAA